AUGGGACUCGCCUCGAAACUCGCCGCAGCCCAAGCCGCAGGACACGCAGCCACCCCAGGCUACGGAUCCGGCGCUUCUGCUUCUCCCUACCCUCCCGCACAGGGUUCAGGUGGGUAUGGAGGAGGAGCGGCAGGUCAACCUCCAUACGGCCAACACGCUCAACCGCCUUCGUACGGCGCUCCUGCUCCGCCCAUCCCCUCGGGUCGCCCUACGCAAGGACAAGGACAAGGACAGGGACAGGGACUGCCUUACCCUGGUGCACCGGCUUCGCAGGGUGGACCUGGAUACGGACAGGGACAGGGAGGGUACGGAGGAGGGUACGGAGGAGCGCCUGGGGGAUAUGGACAGCCGCCUAUGGGUCAGCAAGAUUACGGCCAGCCCCCUCAGCACCCUCCCUACGGCGGUCAACCCGGAGCUUACGCGCAGCAAUACGGUGCUCCGCCGCCUCAGCAAGGGAUGUACGGUGCCCCUCAGGGUCACGUGAUGGGCGGCGGCGGAGGACCGGCGACGAACCCGCAGGUUAUCGCGACGAUUUUGAGGAACUGUGUGCAGGAUCAGCACAUCGAAUCCUUCUACCCACCCGCCUCACUCGACUCGCUCGCGCAGCGGAUCGCCCAGUCCGGCGCCCUGAGCCGCAUCGCAAAUGAGUGGCGCAUCCCGAUGGAAGUCGCGAUGGACCUUGCGAAACUCGCGCUGUUUGAUACGGUUUUGUUGGUCGAUGAUUCGGGGUCGAUGGCCUUUGAGGAGAACGGUUCGAGGAUCGACGACGCCAAACUCAUCGUCUCGCGCGUCGCGACCGCCGCGACUCUCUUCGACACAGACGGCAUCUCGGUCUAUUUCCUCAACUCGAAGACGGUCGGGAACAAUGUGACGAACGAACAGCAGGCUCAGCAGUUGCUUGCGGGGAUCAAGUUUAGCGGUCUCACGCCGCUUGGGACCUCCCUCGAGCAGAAGAUCCUCCAGCCCCUCCUCGUCAGCCCAGCACGCCAAGGAACCCUCCGCAAGCCCCUCCUCGUCGUCUGCAUCACCGACGGUGCGCCCGGCGGCGAAGACCGUCACACGAUCGUCCGUGCCAUCACCCGUGCCAAGCGCGAGUUGGCGCAGACCCGUUUCGGACCCGACGCGUUGAGCGUCCAGUUGGCGCAGAUUGGGAACGAUUUGGGCGCGAGGCAGUUUUUGGGAGAGAUUGAUAGUCAUCCCGAGGUUGGUGGACUGGUUGAUGUCACGAGCAACUACGAGCUCGAGGCGGAUGACUUCCAGAAGACGACCGGCCAGGACCUCACGCCGGAACUCUGGCUCGUCAAGCUCAUGCUCGGACCGAUCGACUCGAGUUACGACCUCAAAGAUGAGAACACGGGUCGCCGGCACUAG